GCACUUGAGGCGCAUGCGCGGGCGUCGAGGGGGCGAGUGACACAGGGCGGCGCGGCGCGCAGGCGCAGGUGAGGCCGUCGUAGGCUGCGCAGGGAGCGUCGGUCGGGGUCGCGCCGGGCGCAGUGCCGGGAUGGACGAGGACGUGCUGACUACCCUGAAGAUCCUUAUCAUCGGCGAGAGCGGCGUCGGCAAGUCCAGCCUUCUGCUGCGGUUCACAGAUGACACAUUUGACCCGGAACUUGCAGCAACAAUUGGUGUGGACUUCAAGGUGAAAACUAUUUCAGUUGAUGGAAACAAAACUAAACUGGCAAUAUGGGAUACUGCAGGUCAGGAGCGGUUCAGAACAUUAACACCCAGUUACUACAGAGGUGCACAAGGUGUUAUUCUAGUUUAUGAUGUCACGAGAAGAGAUACUUUUGCCAAGCUGGAUAACUGGUUAAAUGAACUGGAAACAUACUGCACAAGAAAUGACAUAGUGAAAAUGUUAGUUGGAAACAAGAUUGAUAAGGAAAACCGUGAAGUUGACAGAAAUGAAGGUCUCAAAUUUGCAAGAAAACAUUCCAUGUUGUUCAUAGAGGCAAGUGCAAAAACAUGCGAUGGUGUACAGUGUGCCUUUGAAGAACUUGUUGAAAAGAUCAUUCAGACUCCUGGACUGUGGGAGAGUGAGAGCCAAAACAGAGGUGUAAAGUUAUCAAACAGGGACGAUGGACAUGGAGGAGGAGGAGCAUGUGGUGGAUAUUGUUCUAUGUUAUAAACUUUGGGAAGCUUAUUCUUUGCAUAUUUAAACAGAUAAUGACAUCUUUCUGUAUAUAAAUUCAUUAAAUGCUAUUUUUAGGGACCUUGCAGUUUGCACAAUUUGUUUUGUAUCAUGGCAGUGAACACUGGUAGGAAAAAUGUUGUGCAGCUUUCCCAGUUUGAAAAUGUUAUGGUAAGCAUGCCCAAUUUGCAAUCUUUGGGUUUUUAUAAGUAGCAUUCAAUAAUGUGCAAGAACAAAUGCACUAAAAAUUUUAUGACUGUAGACAUUCAUCAUGUAACUAUUCUAAACAAAUCCAUCUAACAAAAAUACAUUACUGCAUUGUCUGCUCUUUGUCUUCUUUUUAAAUACUCUUGAAAUUAUAGAACUAUAUAGUGUGCACAGAUCUUGAAAACAGUGUGAGCUGUAAAUGUUACAUUUCAUCUCUUCUAGUAAAUGCUUUUUUAUGGCCCUAAAAACAAUAAGAUGGUACAGUUCUUAGACAAAUCUGCUAAGUUUUUGUCUUCCAGCAGAGCUGUCUAAAAUACAAGUUGGUCCAGGCCAUAGUUGCUUCAGCACCUUCUUGAAGAGAUGCUUUGAAAGCUUCCUUUGCAAAGCUGAGGGAUGCCCUUUUUUCUUUUUAAACAUCACUUCAGUUGAUGGCUUAACUGGAGUUUUAAUCCUGUGAUAUUUAUAUACUAAAUUUGUGGUAGUCUUGCACUCUAGGUUUUUAUGAUGCAAUCUACUCUGGACUUGCUGUAGAAAGUCUUCGUUUUUGGCAAGGAGUUUCAAUGACAUCUUUGUUCUUUCAUUGUGAAUAAAUUUGCCACACUUUGGUACAGAUGCCUCAUUUUCCUAAAUGUUUGUAAUAUAUCUCAAACUAUAGCUCACUGUGGCUGUGAAGAUCUCUAUCACGUCUGCUUUGUGCGACUACCUGUUCAGAAAUAAAACUUCAUGUCACAGACACUAAAUGAGAAGCUAUAGGGCUUCUUGAUCUCUGUAUGGAUAAACACUAUUGCAAUGAGCAUUCACUUGAAUUUAUUGUAUCAAAGCCAAUGGUUUGUUUCAGAAGACUUGUAUAGACCAAUAAAUUUUUUUUCCACAGUAUUCAACUUUUCUAACCUCUUCCUGUUGUAGAGUUGUAUAUUUUCUAAGGUCACUUCUUACAGACAAAUUGUUUGUGAAGGACAAGGAUGCUGUGGUUUGGGUUUUCUUUUUUGUUUUUUUUUGUUUGUUUUUUUUUUUUUUAAUAAUCACUAUAGUGCAAUUGAUAACUGAACUAUUGGGCGGUUUCUUGUAAAUAUAGUGAAUGACAGUACCUUUUGUAACUGCAAGGUUUUGUGUAAAUGUCAGCAUACAUGAUCUGUAUUUUGCAGCAGGUCUUGGCUGCUUCUGUUAAAAUACACUUUAUUCUUCACACAAACUUUGUUUUCUAUUCUGUUUUACACUUGCUAGAAAACAAUACCAACAUUUGAAGACUUAACUGUGCUAAUUGUUUUUACAAAAUAUUGUAUCUGUAGUAUUAUUAAUGUAGUAGGUUAAUUUAAAUAUAUGUAAUAUUAAACAUGAACAUAUUGUAUGAA